ACAAAAAACGUAAUUUUAUCUCCUAUAUUAAAACGUUAUAAUAUGAGAAAUUUGUCUUGUUAACCAUUAUAUUCGUAACUUGUCCUUUAAUUUAUUUAAGAAAAAUUUCAUUUCUCAAUAUUCUUUUGAGUUUGGAUUCUUUUUUUCUCUAUCCUCAAUUGAACACCAACUCAACUCAAACUUGCACUCCAAGCGAAUUUCCUGUUAUGUUUCAAACAAAUAGAUCUUGAGCACUGUUUGCUGAAGCAGUAUCCAGAAAAGGGAGGGAGAAUAAGUGUACGAAAAUAUGAACAAGCUGCAUUAAUGGCUCGCAGGUGAAAUCUGAACUGAAGUUUUCGAAGUUAUAGUACACACUGAAGGGUAGAUUUUCAUUCACCCUCUUACGCCCUUCAAUCAAAAGUUGCUAACUUUCUAGUGAGGCAGUAAUAAACAGGUUUGACCCCAUUCCUUCAUGAAGAUGGGUCCCAACUCCGAAAUCAAAACGUUUGGUGAGGAUUAUUGUUGAUGUAAAUUUAGCAUCUUUAAUUGAAAACCAUGUCUUAUCCUGCAUUAAAAUUAGCUUAAUUGUUAGCCAUUAAGCUUAAAGAAGAUUGAUUUUUGGGUUGGUUGGGUUUGCCACCAAACUCAUCAUUGUAAUAUUAUCAGCUAAAGAUUUGUGGGGUGCUGCUUUUUUGGUUUCCAUCUUAUAGAGAUCUUGGUUCUUGCCGACAAGGGUGAACAGUUUCAAAUUUGGAUUUUGAUUCAUAACUGCUGAAAUAGAAUAUGAGGAAAAAUGUUAGUUCUCAUUCAGGAAGAUUAUUCAGUGAUAGGAAAUGGGUUAUACCGUUUUUUGCCAGUUUGUUUGUAUUUUAUUUUGUGGAAUCAGAUUUCGAAAGGCAGGUUAAUGCCAAUGUGGUUCAGAAAAUGGAGCCACCUAGGUUGGCAUAUCUUAUUUCAGGCACAAAAGGUGAUAGUCAAAGGAUGAUGAGGACAUUGCAGGCAGUUUAUCACCCAAGAAAUCAGUAUAUCCUGCAUUUGGAUCUCGAGGCACCGCCACGGGAAAGAUUGGAAUUGGCAAAUGCAGUGAAAGGCGAUCCGACAUUUCGUGAGGUAGAGAAUGUACGUGUUAUGUCACAAUCCAAUUUGGUGACUUACAAGGGUUCUACUAUGAUUGCUUGUACACUCCAAGCUAUAGCAAUAUUACUGAAGGAGAGCUCGGAUUGGGACUGGUUUAUAAACCUCAGCGCCUCGGAUUACCCUCUUGUGACACAGGAUGAUUUACUUCAUGUUUUCUCUAAUCUGUCGAGAGAUCUCAAUUUCAUUGAGCAUACGCAUAUUGCUGGUUGGAAACUGAGCCAUAGAGUAAGGCCAAUUGUUAUCGAUCCUGGCCUUUACUUAUCAAAGAAAUCUGAUAUAGCAUGGACUACUCAGAAAAGAACACUUCCAACUCUUUUUAAACUGUUUACAGGUUCAGCUUGGGUUGUGCUAACAAGAUCCUUUAUGGAGUACUGUAUAUGGGGAUGGGAUAACCUUCCAAGGACUAUUCUUAUGUAUUAUGCAAAUUUUAUCUCUUCUCCUGAGGGUUAUUUCCACACUGUCAUUUGCAACACUGAGGAAUUUCGCCACACUGCAAUAAGCCAUGAUCUUCACUACAUUGCUUGGGACACUCCUCCAAAGCAACAUCCUAUGAAAUUGACAAUGAAGGACUUUGACAAAAUGGUUAAAAGCAAUGCUCCCUUUGCCAGAAAGUUUGCAAAGGAUGAUCCAGUGCUGGACAAGAUUGACAAAGAACUCUUGGGAAGGACACAUAGAUUUUCACCUGGGGCAUGGUGUGUUGAUACCUCAGAAGGUGGUGAAGAUCCAUGUCUGUUGCGCGGCAAUGAUACGGUUUUUAGGCCAGGACCCGGUGCUGAGAGAUUGAGUGUGCUGAUUCAGACACUGUUGUCUCAAGAUUUUAGAAGCAAGCAGUGUUUGUGAUGAAGGGUUUUAACCGUUAAGUGUGACCCUUCAAUUAGGAAAAUUUAAAGUGUACAUAAGCUUGCUUAUAGUUCUCAUUCAUGAUGCAGAAGGCCGGAAUUUUGUGCUAAUAUUCAUAUUCUAGGUUCCGAGUUAGAAGCAACAAGCAGUAAAAGAAGCAGUUUUCAAGUGCUUGUUUCAGUUUCAUUACAACAACUUUAUUUACAAAG